AUGUCAGGCAGCAUCGAUGCUCUCUUGCCUUCUUGUGCAACAGAAUCAACAGUGGGUAUGGGAAAAGUUGAAAACAAAGAAGCACCUUCUCUCGACGAAGGGCCAAAAGGCUCAGCUAAUGCAGAUAAUCUAACUCAAAAAGCUUCGGCAAACAACAACAAUAUUGGUGAACAAGCCACGGCGGCUAUACACGGGUGUCAAAACUCAGCUAUUACAGUACCUGCUACUUUGUCUGAUGCAGCCGAAAAUCAACUGAUCGAAACAGGAAAUAAUCCACUUGAACAAAACAGAAAAGCGAGUGACAUGCAGGAUUCGCCAGAUGCUUCGAAAACGUUGACUGGGGUCCAAAAUAUCAGCACUAAUCAAUUAGCAACAGGCAACGACCCAAAUGGCAUGCAGAGUUUGAAUGCCAGCACUAAUCAACUGGAAGAAGGCAAAGAACCGAAUAACACACAAAUUCCGUUAGAUAUCCAGAAGACAUCAACUGUAAUGGAAACUGGUGAGUCCACCACCGUGAUAAAUAAAUCAUCCCUAAUGGAUUCCAGAUGUCAAUUUCGAGCAGAGCAAUCUUGGGUUGAUCUCAAGUUUCAUCCAGGUCAGAUAUCGAUCAAGAAGCCUGAUGAGCUUGCGAAGGAAAUGAUAGAUCCUUCAAUUGAUAUCGACACUAACAUACUGAAUCGCAUCAAGGGAUCAAUGUUUGGUAUGGCUUUGGGUGAUGCUCUCGGUGCUCACGUAGAAUUUAGGCCGCGAGGAUAUCGAUUCAAACUUUCGACAAAAAUCAUUGGAAAUCUUGUUAUGUGUCUUAUUGCAUUAACAUGUAUAUUUUCUAUGUAUGCUGAUGCUAUUCUCGUACCGGGUCUCAAUCGUUCAUGGCUUGUAGCCUAUCAAACACUUUCACAUACAUGUUGGUCAUUAGUGAUCGGCUGGCUUAUUUUUCUAUGUAGUACAAAUCAAGGUGGAAUUAUAAAUACAAUUCUAUCAUGGUCUAUUUGGCACCACUGGCUAGAUUAA